AUGUCUUCAAGUGAGGAAAUAUCCGCUAAGGUUGUUGAGUCAGAGACUCCAGUUAUACAACAUGAAAAUGAAUUAGUUGGUACAGCAGACACUGACCGUGUUGAAGCACCAGUCACUAUGAGGGCCUACUUUAUGUGUGCUUUCUCUGCCUUUGGUGGUAUUUUCUUUGGUUAUGAUUCUGGUUAUAUCAGUGGAGUCAUGGGUAUGAAUUAUUUCUUACAAGAAUUCGAUGGAGGUAAAGCUGAUCUUACGGCAUGGAAAAAAUCCCUUAUUACCAGUAUUCUUUCUGCAGGUACGUUUUUUGGAUCGCUUAUGGCAGGUGAUCUUGCUGACUUCUUCGGUCGUAGAGUCACGAUUAUUGUUGGAUGCUUGGUAUUUAUCGUCGGUGAUAUUCUUCAAACCGCUUCUUCAUCCCUUGGGUUAUUGGUUGCUGGUCGUUUAGUUUCAGGUUUUGGUGUUGGUUUCAUUUCUGCUAUUAUCAUCCUUUACAUGUCAGAAAUUGCACCAAGGAAGAUUCGUGGUGCUUUAGUUUCAGGCUACCAAUUCUGUGUCACCAUUGGUCUUCUUUUAGCAUCAUGUGUUGAUUACGGUACUCAGGACUAUACUACCAGUGCCUCAUAUAGAAUACCAAUAGCUCUCCAAAUGCUUUGGGCUCUCAUCUUAGGAGUCGGUCUUUUCUUACUCCCAGAAUCGCCUCGUUACUACGUUAAAAAGGACAAUCUUAACAAGGCCAGAAAUGUUCUUUCGAGACUUCGUGGACAGCCAGAAGAUAGCGACUAUAUUACUGAUGAAUUGGCAGAAAUAGUUGCUAAUAAUGAAAUUGAAAAAAAACUUAUUCCACAGGAUAAUUACUUCGAUUCUUGGUUUGCAUGUUUCACUGGUGGUCUUAGAAAUCCAGCAGGUAAUCUUAGGAGAACCAUCUUAGGAGUGUUUUUGCAAAUGAUGCAACAAUUUACUGGUAUUAACUUCAUUUUCUACUUCGGUACAACAUUUUUCCAGCAGUUGGGAACGAUCAGCAACCCAUUCUUGAUAAGUUUAAUUACAACUUUGGUUAACGUUUGCUCUACACCAAUAUCUUUCUACACAAUUGAAAGAUACGGUCGUCGUACUAUAUUGAUAUGGGGAGCUGUUGGAAUGUUCGUUUGUGAGCUCAUUGCAGCUAUAAUUGGAACUGCUGCACCAAAUAACCUUAACGCCAUGAAAGCUGUGAUUUCCUUCAUCUGUAUCUAUAUUUUCUUCUUUGCAUCAACAUGGGGUCCAGGUGCUUGGGUUGUCAUCGGUGAAAUUUUCCCAUUACCUAUCCGUUCAAGAGGUGUUGCAUUAUCCACUGCUUCCAACUGGUUCUGGAACUGUAUCAUUGCAGUCAUUACUCCUUAUAUGGUUGGUUCGGAUGAAGGUAAUUUAGGUUCGAAAGUUUUCUUCAUCUGGGGAGCUUUAUGUGGUACAUGUAUCCUUUACGCUUACUUUUUGGUUCCAGAAACCAAAGGAUUAUCACUUGAACAAGUUGAUCGUAUGAUGGAAGAAUCUAACCCACGUAAUUCAGCAAAGUGGAAGCCCACAACGACCUUCGCACAAGAAGUUGGUCUUACUGAUGAUGUUAAGCCAGAAGUUGAACACGUAUAA